AUGGCAGUUCCAAAGAAGACAGCAGCUAGACAAGCAGCCAUCGGAGUAGAAGAAAGAAUAUCGAAAAUGAGAUUUGCAAACUCAUUCAUACUUACUAUUUUAUUCUUGAUCGCGUUGGUGAUCUGGAUAUAUCAUGGGAUUUGGGCAUUUAAAGUGGUAUAUUACAAACCAUAUGGUCAUCUUUUAAACAAUAUCAUCUAUGGUCCAGGUACAUUUGUGGCCGAUUUUGGUUUAUCACUUAGGUUAUUGUCCUACAUUAAUGAUAAGUUGUUAAGUGAAAGAAUUGAAGCUGAUUAUAAAAAGUACAUCUAA